CCAGCCCCGUGUCCCUCCGCUAGCCGCUAUCCAGCCCCGUGUCCUUCCGCGUCCGCCUUCCCGCUACCCGGCCCCGUGUUCCUCCGCGGUCGCCGUCACCGCCGGCCCCGUGUGUCCCCCCCGGCCAUCGCCAUGGUGUUCCAGUGCCAGCGGGACAGCUGGGCCCGACAGUUCGCCACCCGGGUGGUGUCGUGCCGGGCGGCGGAGCUGCGGCCCGAGGGCGGCGGGGAGCCGGUGCGCGGUUUCCAGGUGGUGCUGGAGGACACCAUCCUCUUCCCCGAGGGCGGCGGGCAGCCGGAUGACCGCGGCCUCAUCGGCGAGGUGCCGGUUCUGCGUGUGACCCGGCAUGGCGCCGAGGCCGUCCACUUCGUGCAGACGGCGCUGGAGCCGGGCGCUGAGGUGCUGCUGUCGCUGGACUGGGAGCGCCGCUUCGACCACAUGCAGCAGCACUCAGGACAGCAUCUCAUCACUGCCGUCGCCGAACAGAUGUUUGGAUUCAAAACGACUUCAUGGGAGCUGGGCCGUCAGCGAAGUGUCAUUGAGCUGGACACCCCCUCCAUGACAGCAGAGCAAAUAGAGACCCUGGAGAGGAGCGUGAAUGAGAAAAUCCGGGAGAGGGUGCCGGUGGUGGUGAGGGAACUGGCUGCAGAUGACCCUGAAAUUGAAACAGUGAGAAGCCGUGGUUUGCCCGAUGACCACGUGGGGCCAGUGCGAGUUGUUGACAUUGAAGGCAUCGACUCCAACAUGUGCUGUGGGACCCACGUCUCCAACCUGAGUGACUUGCAGGUUAUUAAACUCCUUGGCACAGAAAAAGGGAAAAAGAACAAAACCAACUUGGUUUUCCUGACAGGAAACAGAGUGCUGAAGUCAAUCGAACAAAGUCACAGCACUGAGAAGGCUCUAACCUCACUGCUCAAAAACGGACCAGGUGAGCACAUAGAGGCUGUGAAGAGACUGCAGAGUUCUGUGAAACUGCUUCAGAAGAAUAACUUGAACCUGCUUAGAGAUAUUGCUGUUUUGAUAGCCCGGGACUUCAAGAGCAAACCUGUUCGAAGUCAGCUGUUUGUGUUACACAGGAAAGAGGGUGACUCUGAAUUUAUGAACAUCAUCGCUAAUGAGAUUGGGACAGAGGAAACCCUGCUGUUCCUGACUGUGGGAGAUGAAAAAGAAGCAGGACUCUUUCUUCUAGCUGGACCUGUUGAAGCAGUUGAGAAUUUAGGUCCCAGGGUGGCAGAGCUGCUGGGAGGCAAAGGAGCUGGGAAGCGAGGCCGCUUUCAGGGCAAGGCGACCAAGAUGAGUCGGCGAGGAGAAGUGCAAGCUCUGCUCCAGGAAUUUGUCAGCCACCGAAGCCCUGAAGCCUCCACUGCGGUACCAUCGAAUAUGUUGCUGCAAAAGGGAAUUUGAUCCGUUUCCAGUUGGCCUGGCAGAACCAUGUUGACACACACCCGCUCACUCUGCACGGAUAGAAGCAGCCACCCGGUGCCUUGGUUUGCAGGCAGACAGAAAACCCUAUUAAAGUUGUUUGAGCUGCA